CGGCUGAGGGAAGGAGAAAAAAAAAGGAGGAGGGAGCAGAGGAGGGAAAGAAAACCUGUCUCUUUGUGUGGGAAGGACUCAGCAGGAAAGUGAUUUUGUGAUUAUUUCAGUCUGCCAGCAAUAGUGAGGCUCUCUCGGCCCCUUCCUGCCCGCCUCCCGCACCCUACCUGACCUGCAACGCCUCGUUCUAUGUGCCUCUGCUGCCCCGGCCACAUGCGAGUGUGCUCCUCGGGGCCGGCGAAACAGCGACACCCGGGCUCCUGACGAUGAGAGCCGACGUCAGACCGGUCCCCAUGAAUAUUGAUGUGGAGGAUAGUCUGUUUCAUAGAAGAACAGAAGGAGGCAAGAUGGCUGCCCUUUAGGAUUUGUUAAAGAGGAGAUCCAGACGGUUUGUUGGAAUUUCUACAAAGUGGAGGGACGUACGAAAAAAAGAAAAGGAGGACGGACAAAGGGCAGCCCUGUGGAUGGACUCUGAGCAGGCCAGAUGGAAACAGAACAAGCCAGACAUGAGGCGGAAGAAAAUCUGAUAUUAGCACAAUUUGGCACAUCUCGUAACGUCUCUAGCAAACUUCAGAAUGGCGGCCAGUCAUCGGAGGGAGAUUCUCAGCAGAUCACUGGGGAUGCGAGCUGGAACCAUUACAAGGCUAACUCCAUGAAGAGGCACAGGGAGAACUGCGACAGUCCCGUCUCGGCCCAGGGCCUGUUUGAUCAGGCGUCCCACGCCAUGAACGGAGAACUGAUGAACGGAGAGUUAAAGCAUGCACUCGCGGAGCAGUCCCUGCUGGCCCACCAGCCCAAGAAACUCAAAGUAGAACCUGAGAUUAAAAGAAAUGACAACAUGAGCUCUAAUCUGGUGGAUAGCUUCUCCGAGCUGACUAAAGCAACCGAGUUUGAAAGCAACACCUCGCAGUCACAGCUCAAAUUAGACAAGAGGAAUUGUAAUUUUCCUAAUGGUGAUUUUUUCGGUCAUCCCAGGAAUAAACAUGUCUCGAUUCCGAACGGUGCUUUAUCACCCCCCUCAACAAUUGAAAUCACUCCAGGUGAUCUCUUAGAGAAAACCUUAUCUCAGUAUUAUCCUGAGCACGUGUCAAUCGCACCACAAGCAUCUGGGUCACAGCUAGACGCUGUCAACGGUUCAUUGGCAAAUAAGCUGCCAAGUGAAGGUGCUCAAUCGUCAUCUCUAACCUCAGGGUUCCCCAAUUCAGCUCAGAGGCCUGACCAACAGCAACAGCAGCCCGGGGCAUCGGGCAGUGUUGAAGGAGGCAACAAUUAUAACUAUGUGGUGAAUGGAUUCUCCCACAACUUUGACACAGACCACCAGCAGCAGCAACAACAGCAUCAGCAGCGGCCACCAUCUUACUCUGGUCAAGAGCUGUCCCUGGGUCAGCACCCUGGCAUGAUCCCGCCAUCCAACACUGCCAAUAACACACAACAACAUCAAAAUGGCCCACGGUGCUAUCCAGAGGACACAAAUCCUCAGGGUAUAUACGAGAAGGUCAACCAGGAGUUUAACCAGAACUCGUUCCUGGAUCGCGAUGCUCCUGGACAGGCAGCGGAGACAGGCGGAUAUGAAUCCUUCCCCAACUCUGGGUUGCAGAAGAUGGGGCACAGUGAUGAACCCAGGUCUGGCCAGCAUCAGCGCAUUAGCACUGACAGGGGCCAGUAUGGGAUCCAACCCCAGACCUUCAAACACAGUGCUGGGAGCUCACAUAGAGCCGACACCACGGGACCCAUGGGACCCGGUCUCCAGCAGCCAAGUCAAAAAAACGGGAUGGAGAACACGCCUCAGCAGAGAGCCAACUUAUCGUGUUCAACUCCCCAUCAGAGAGGCUGGCCAGAGCUGAACUCCUCACAUUCCCAGCAGCAACUAGCAAGCGGCCAGUCGUCCCAGGCACAAGAGCCGGCGAUGUGGAGGGGCUUCCCUGGUAAGUCUCAGUCCGAGCAGCAGCAGACAGCUAACCCACAGGUUCACAGCCACAUGUUGGAGCCAAACCCAGGGCAAAGGUUCCAGACACAGGCAGGUUUCCCAGAUAGCAGCCAGAGCUCCAACAGCUUCCAACAGCAACAGCAGGACCAUCUCCCGGCCCAAACACACUGUGCUCCAGCCCAGCGCAACACUGCCUCUGAGUGGCAGCAAUCAAAUACGAAAGUACCUCAAUUGCAGCAGCCUCCACCCCAGAAAAUGCCUGAGCAGCGUAAUUUCCACCCAGAUCAGCAGGUAGACGGCCGCUACCACACCCAGAUGCAGUCAGAGCACUUGAGCGAAGACCCUGACCUGCAGGAUAUACUGUCACCUGGGUUUUUACCCACGCAACAACAACAGCAGCACUGUCAUCUUCCACGUCCCCUGUCCCACCCACCACAGUUUGAAGGGCAGCAACUCAAGUCCCCCGAUUACAGACCUCGCAGUCAGCCUCAGCCAGGUCAGCAUCAGCACCAACCCAACCAGCCUCUCAGAAACAACUCCGCUCAAUCCAACGACCAACGAGUCCAGCCCGGCAACCAUGAGACAUUCAGUUACGACAACACAACAGACAUGCAACGGCUCCAACAACAUCAGCGGCAGUUUCCACCAGACUCGGGCGACAGUGGCCUCAAGCAAUUUCACCCGCAGCAGCCCAACAACCCCUGCCGCCAGCCCGGCCGCGCGGACCUCUCCCAGAGCCCGACGCAGUUGCAACCUCACUCGCGAGGAGGCCCGCUGAAUCAACAGGUAUCCGCGCAGAUGUAUCCCAAAGCCGAGCAGCAACUGAAGCUAUCGUGCGGUCAGUUCCAAGGGGGACCUCGACUACCUCUGGCACCCGCGGGUCCCCAUGGAGACUUUCAGAGGCACGCGGCCCUGCGUAUGCACCUGUUACAAAGGCAGGAGCGCCAGGGCCCUCCCCCCCACCUUCAGAGCACUAUUGACCCCAAACACGGCCUGAGAGCAGUGAAAAUGGAAGACGACUCCCGGUUCGAGUUGCCGUGCUCACAGCAGCAGGGGCAGCAGUUGCAGAUGCGAGAGACGGGAAUAGGCGGCGUGCAAAUCAAGCAGGAGAAUCCCCCGUCCCUGUGCGAGCAAGGCAAGAGGCCGGGAAACAUCUUGGCCUCCAUGGAGCAGAGCCUGAGGCAGUACCAGCUGUCACCGGUGUUUGAGAAGAAAUCCCUCGUCGUCAAUUCGGCAAAUAAAGUCAAGGUGGAAUCUUCGGGACCCGUCACGAUCCUCUCAACCAACGCUGACUUGUGUGGCGCUGAAUCGGCAGCAGCUGCCCCAGCCGCCAUGAGUCUAAAAAGACCAUACGAUUCCACCCCUAAGAAGGAACAUCUCCUGCAGAACUUCAUGGACUCUCCUAUGAAGCUGUUGGAUACCCCUAUUAGGAACCUCCUGGACACCCCCAUUAAAACACAAUAUGACAUUGCGUCCUGUCACUGUGUUGAACAAAUCAGUGAGAAGGAUGAAGGACCAUACUACACGCACUUGGGGUCCGCGCCGACUGUUGCCGGUAUUCGCGAGGGGAUGGAGAAAAGGUCUGGUCUAACUGGUUCCGCCAUCAGGAUUGAGAAAAUAGUGUACACCGGCAAGGAAGGAAAAAGUACACAAGGGUGCCCUAUAGCCAAAUGGGUUAUUCGUCGGUCCAGUGAGGAGGAAAAGCUACUGGUGCUGGUGCGGGAACGCAAUGGUCACAAAUGCGAGACGGCCUGCAUCGUUGUAGUGAUCCUGGUCUGGGAGGGCAUCCUGCCGAGCCUGGCCGACCGCCUCUACCUCGAGCUAAGCGAAACUCUAACAAAGCACGGAGCCCACACCCAGAGACGAUGCUCCAUCAAUGAAGAGAGGACCUGUGUAUGCCAGGGGUUGAAUCCGGAUGCCUGUGGGGCAUCUUUCUCCUUCGGCUGCUCUUGGAGCAUGUACUACAAUGGCUGCAAGUUUGCCCGCAGCAAAAUCCCAAGAAAAUUCAAGCUACUGGGAGAUGAUAUGAAAGAAGAAGAGAAACUGGAGCACAACUUCCAAAAUCUAGCAACCAUAUUGGGUCCCUUGUAUAAAACUUUGGCACCUGACGCUUAUGGAAACCAGGUGGAACAUGAACAAAGGGCACCAGAUUGUCGUCUGGGGCUGAAGGAGGGCUGUCCCUUCUCUGGGGUCACUGCCUGUCUGGACUUCUGUGCCCAUGCUCACAGAGACCUCCACAACAUGCAGGGUGGCAGCACUGUGGUGUGUACGUUAACAAGUGAGGAUAACCGAGUCAUUGGAAAGAUCCCGGAGGAUGAGCAGCUUCACGUGCUGCCCCUGUACAAGGCUUCAAACACUGAUGAAUUUGGCAGUGAGGAGGGUCAGCAGGAGAAAAUCAAGUCAGGCGCCAUCCAGGUCCUCAGUGCCUUCCGCCGUCAGGUGCGCAUGCUUUCAGAGCCCGCCAAGUCUUGCCGGCAAAAAAAGCUGGACGCCAAGAAGGCCGCCGCCAACAAGAUCGCGAUGCUGGACAACGAAAAGGCAGAGAAGGCCCUGCUGGCCAAGUCCAAAGCCGUUACUUACGAGAACCCCGCUCAGGGCCCUCCUAUGGCAGGACCUAUUCAAGGUGCUAUAGGAUCAAUCCUACAGUCAGGUCAGCCGGCGCACCCCUUAGGGGCCCAUCAUCAGCAACAACAGCACCAGAGCGCACUGCCCCCUUAUCCUGGCUCAACGAAUGUAGCCAGCUACCCCAGGUUCCCCAACCACCCGGGCUCUUUUCCAAGCACUUCCAAGCCCGGCACCAUGUAUCCCCCUCAGCCACCGACACCAGCCAGCCCUUACACCUCCCCUCUCCACGCACCAAACUCUUACAUCAAUGGAACAAAUCGUCCAUAUCCAGGUUACCAGUGUAACGGAGGAAUGCCCCUCGACAACUGCCACCCAUACUAUGCUUCAAACCCAAAGCACCUGGAUCUGUACCGGCAGCAGCGGCCAGCACUUUACUCGGAGCAGCAGUACGGUGCGCACCAGCGCUACGAGGUCAAUUAUCCGCCGAGGUAUGCCGAGCCGGGUUUGCAGGUGAAUGGAUACAACGCCUGCAGCAUGAGGCCCGGUCACCCCGCGAGACCUUACGGACCGUAUGGUCCCAACGGAGCCUCGGACCCCCAGUUCAUGGACCCCCUCUCGAGAGCACCCUCGGCUCACGGAGGCCUUGACUACGCGGCGGCCGUGAGCAAAGGUAAUCAGUUCGGAGGUUAUCCAAAUCCUUACUUAUCUCGGAGCCCUCAGAUCUUCGCCCCGGGCCAAGAUCCUUUCCAUAUGCAAAUCAAGACGGAGGCGGGCACGCCUCGCCCGCAGGUGCUUUCUGCUCCGUUAGGCGGCGGGUGCUAUAACCCUGAAGCACAGUCGGGGUUAGGUCCGCCUAAUGGGGGCCUCGUGGGUAUCAAGCAGGAGCCUGGAACACCGCAGACCCCCACGACCCCUCAAAAGCCCGAGGUGUGGUCGGACAACGAGCACAACUUCCUGGACCCGGAGAUUGGCGGCGUGGCGGUGGCGCCGAGCCACGGCUCGGUCCUCAUCGAGUGCGCGAAGCGAGAGCUGCACGCCACGACGCCCGUGAAGAACCCCGACCGCACGCACCCUACGCGCAUCUCCUUGGUCUUCUACCAGCACAAAAACAUGAACGAGGCCAAGCACGGCUUGGCCCUGUGGGAAGCCAAGAUGGCAGAGAAGGCCCGAGAGAAGGAGGAAGACGCCGAGAGGAACGGCGGCGAGGGGACGCCGAGCAAAGGCAAGAAGGGGGCGAAGCGGGAGCACAUAGAGACAGAGUCCACCGGGGAGCCGCCUUACAAGCGCUUCAUCCAGGCGCUGAUGGAGGGGUCCUCGUCGUGCACGACAAACAGCCACGUCAACACGACUCCGUACGCCUUCACCAAGGUCACUGGGCCGUACAGUCAGUUCGCGUGAGAAGAAGCAUUCGUGAAGAAGUGAAAUGUGCGAAAAGGUGCUUUAUUCAUGACAAGGACUGCGAGCACCACUGGCCUCCUCUAAGCACUCCUGCCUGUCCGCGCCGGUUAGCAUCCGCCGAGAUUCAAAUCACCGGUUCCCAUCAGGUCCUUUCACCUCUUUAAACAAUCAAGCUUUACUCGUUGCCCUGCAAAGGAUGUAUUUAUUUCUGUUUUUGCAACUUUUUGCAAGAAACACACUGUCAACAUCUCUGGUGCUUUCAGUCAGAAACGCGAGGACCUAUUUGUAAUGGAAACUAAUUUUCGUUUUUGCGGGCUUUAUUUUUCUUACAGAAUUGUACUCUUGGCAUAAAACACUGACUUUGUAAGUGACAACAUUCACGGUGCUAAAGUGUAUGCUUGUUACAAUUUAUUUAAAUUCAAAUGCCUUCACACUAUGACCAUAACUCACUCUACGAGUGACACCCAAUGAACAGGGCACUGAAAAUAGCAUCACGCGAUCAAAUGAUCAGCAUCGUCAUGUUUUACGGCAAGUCAGUGCUUCUUAGGGCACUUUUUGAUAAUGCGAGUUAAAUGUUUUGGUAAUCAUGAAAUCUGGUUAUACUUACUACAUCGAAAGUAAUCAAUUUCUCAGCAUCACUGAACUUAAAUUGAUCAAUUUAUAACUGUGGAUAGUUUGAGAAAUCCAUGAAAGAUGCAAAAAGAUGUUUUUAAUCUCCCUUUGUGUUGGUGCUUCUCUAGA